UAUAGACAUUUGAUAAUUAUAAAUGCAAGAUUUGACACAACAUGUGAGACAAUGAAUCUUGUAUCACGAACUAGGUCUGAUUACAUGUAUAAGCAGAUACUUGAAAUUAUUAAUGUGCCCUGAGAGCUAAAUAAUAUUUUUAAAAGGAUAUAUUUGAAAUUGCUACCGUUUUGUUUUUGUUAUGGAAACUAAAAGGACAUAUGGAUUAUUUUUGUGUUGUUAUAUUGCUGUUGUUGUUCGAUCAAAAUCGUUACCGGAAAUAGAUUCAGAUGGAUCUGGAAAAAAUGGGACUGAAAAAAUACUCGUUCAACUGAAAGAAUACUCGUUUGAAGAACAACCAAAGAUUGAACGAAUUAUUGAGAAGAAUAAGUUAGUAUCUCAUGAAAAUGGUGAAGUGAAUUCAGCCAAUUUAAAAGAAAUUGGACCAGCGCUUAAAAAGUGGAAAAAGUUAAAAUUCAACAAAGAUAUGCCACCGCCUCCUUCAGUAGAUUUUUAUGGAUCGAUUGAUGGACAAAUGUAUGUGGAAAAUAAAAUAAAUAAUGUGAGGUUACCUCCACCUAGUCAAGAUCUCAAAAGAGGAUUUUCAGCUUCUCCUGAUAACCAUCUAAGUAUGCCACAACUCGCAGCAGAUAAAUCAUAUGUUAAGAAAGCCGAAGGCCAUCGAAGAAAUAUGUUUAGAAAAAAGAAUGUCCAAACCACCGUCAUGGAAUCCAGUGUACCAGUGUCUAAUACAACUGCUUCAGAAAUAGGGAAGAAAGAACAACAUAUGAGAAUAAAGAUUGAAGAUAUGCAAGCCUUAACGACACCCAGCAUACCCGAGCCUAAUACAUCUGCACCAGAAACAGCUUCCCAUUCCAAAACAGAAAAUAAUCAAAAUCAGGAACCAGACUUCACUAAACAACAAGAUAAAAUACAAUCUACAGAGCCAGGUAUUGAAGGUGUCAAAUUAGGUAUCUGAGAUUGGAGUUUGAGGAAAAUAGUGCCUGAAUAAAAGAAUCAAAGUAUUCAAAGAGUAAAAUGCAGUUAAUUUCACAAGAAGCUAUGGAUUUGAAAAGGUUAACUGCGUUAAAAAAUUAUAAUGAUUAGUAUGCAUUGUGCGGCCAAUGAAACUGUUCAAUAUCGAUUUUAUUCAGUUGUCUUAACCAUAUAUAAUUGUAUAUCUUUAACACAUGUCAACAAAAUGAACAAAAAAGGACUUUAAAACUGAA